AUGGCUGAGAGGGGAGUUCAGAUGGACCAAGAAAAAUUCUCCUGCUCCAUUUGUUUGGAUUUACUGAAGGACCCGGUGACUAUUCCCUGUGGACACAGCUACUGUGUGAACUGUAUUACAGAACACUGGGAUGCAGGAACCCAAAGAGUAGUCUACAGCUGUCCUCAGUGCAGGAAAGAGUUCAAUCCAAGGCCUGUGCUGGAGAAAAGCAUCGUAUUAACUGGUUUUCUGGAGGAUCUGAAGAAAACUGGACUCCAAGCUGCUCCAGUUGAUCUCUGCUACGCUGGACCUGAAGAUGUGGCCUGUGAUGUCUGCACCGGGAGGAAGAUGAAAGCUGUCAAGUCCUGUUUGUUCUGCCCUGCUUCCUACUGCAGGGAUCACCUCCAGCCUCACUAUGAUGCUCCACCAUUAAAGAAGCACAAGCUGGUGAAUCCCUCUAAGAACCUCCAGCAGAACGUCUGCUCUCGUCAUGAUGAGGUGAUGAAGAUCUUCUGUCGUACUGAUCAGCAAUGUAUCUGUUAUCUCUGCACUAUGGAUGAACAUAAAGGCCAUGAAACAGUCUCACUUGCAGCAGAAAGGGCUGAGAAGCAGAAGGAGGUCCAGGUGAGACAACAACAAAUCCAGCAGAGAAUCCAGGACCAAGAGAAAGAUGUGAAGCUGCUUCAACAGGAGGUGGAGGCCAUCAAUGUCUCUGCUGAUAAAGCAGUGGAGGACAGUGAGAGGAUUUUUUCUGAGCUGAUCCGUCUCAUCCAGAAAAGAAGCUCUGAUGGGAAGCAACGGAUCAGAUCCCAGCAGGAAACUGAAGUGAGUCGAGUCAAAGAGCUACAGGAGAAGCUGGAGCAGGAGAUCACUGAGCUGAAGAGGAAAGACGCUGAGCUGGAGCAGCUCUCAGACACAGAGGAUCACAGCCAGUUUCUCCUCAACUACCCCUCACUGUCAGCACUCAGUGAGUCUACACACUCAUCCAGCAUCAAUAUUCGUCCUCUGAGAUACUUUGAGGAUGUGACAGCAGCUGUGUCAGAGCUCAGAGAGAAACUACAGGACAUCCUGAGAGAGACAUUGAUAAACAUCUCACUGAUUGUCACUGAAGAGGAUGUUUUACUGUCAGAACCAGAACCAAAGACCAGAGCUGAGUUCUUAAAAUGUUCACAAGAGAUCACUCUAAAUCCAAACACAGCAUAUAAUAAUCUGUUAUUAUCUGAGGGGAACAGAAAAGUAACAGUUACGAAAGAACAACAGUCUUAUCCUGAUCAUCCAGACAGAUUCACUGAUUGUGCUCAGGUUCUGAGUAGUAAGAGUCUGACUGAACGUUGUUACUGGGAGGUGGAGUGGAAAGGUGGAGGAAGAGCUAAUAUAGCAGUUUCAUACAAGAACAUCAGGAGAGCAGGACGGUCAAAUGAAUUUUUAUUUGGUGUGACUGACAAAUCCUGGUCUUUACGUCUUGAAACAAACGGUUAUACAUUUUACCACAACAAAAGUAAAACUCCAGUAUCAGGUCCAUUUUCUUCCAGAAUAGGAGUGUACCUGGAUCACAGAGCAGGUAUUCUGUCUUUCUACAGCAUCUCUGACACCAUGACUCUCCUCCACAGAGUCCAGACCACAUUCACUCAGCCUCUAUAUGCUGGGAUCAGGCAAAGACCUCUCUUCAAUGGAUCCUCUAUUGAGUUUGUUAACCUGAAAUAGUCGGAAGAGAUCAGAAUCCAUGUGGUUAAAAUGUGUGUUGUAGUUUCAGUGUCUUCAGCCUUCAUCAUCGUUUCUGAGAGCUCAUUGUUGUGGUACCCAGUGGAGCAGUAUGGGAUUUGAACCCAGAUCCUUGCACCUUCUCCAGGAUGUAAGCGCCCUGUCUCUAACCACCAACACACCACUCCCACUUUUUUUUACUCUUUAUUGUAAAAUAUUAUAUUUAAAACAAUGUCUAUGAGACUGUUAUGAUGUUUCCUUUGAAGCACAAUGAUGGGCUGACAGACCUUGAACCAGAACCCAGUGAUUGUGUUCAACAUUUUCAAAACUGGUGAUCGUGUUGUUACUCCCUGAACUUGUAGUUUUGUUCCUAAAGUUCCUGCUGACUGUGUUUGUUUUGCCUUGCUGCAUCUGCCCUAGAAACAGAAACCUAGCUCAUCCAGGAUGUUUGCUAUGAUUUAGUUGUUUAUUAAUAGAUUCACACUAAGCCACUCAGAAGCCAUAUCCAUGGGAGUGAUUGGCCACUAGUUUAAGGGAGACCUUCCUUGCUGAAGAACAGCAGAGUGAACAGAUGUUCUGUGUCGGACUGUUUGUUUAGUUUUAUGUUUUGUUUCUUUAUUUAAAUUUAUUAUGCAAGCAAAUAAUUCUGAUAUGAUUAUAUUUCAAUUAAUGUGCUUUUUCUUAUCUAUAAAGUGUAUGAGUAAUUAAUUAUCAUUCUCAAGUGAAAUAUGUAAUGAGCCACUGUUUAUGAGGCUGAUCCUGUCCAUAUACUUCCUUUGUCAAACCAUAUAUUGU